AUCGUAGGGGCCGUCGAUCCCUGCUGAAUCCCUGCUGAACCCCUGCUGAAUCCCUGCUAACUUCCGUUACAUUAUUGAUUUAGAUUUUCAAAAGGGCUUAUCAUUAUUUGCUGUGUUUGUUAAGUUGUCAUGACCGUUGUAAACGCUGAUGUGGCUAUUAAGUGUUAUUUGAACUUUGAUCACACUGGUUGACAAGUUGAAGUGACAUAAUUUGAUUUGGUUUGGUAGGUAAGACAAUAUAUCCCAUCUUUUACCCACCAUUGCUUCUUUACUUUGCUACUUUACUUUACUUUUUGACUUGAAUUCAAAGGUUUCAAAGGUAAAGGCUUAAAGUUUUUUUUUCCAAAGUGAUUUCAAAAUUAAUGUGGAGUUUGAACUGAAUAGGCAAUAGCAGAUUUGUAGCUUAAACUGAGACUCGCACAAAUCCGAAGCUUUGACGCCUGACGAAAUAUCAAUAUGUAACAAUCACUGAAAGUGAACAUCCCACAUUAACAUUAGUUUUGAGUUGAGGUAGCCAAAUUGGUGGCCAUGGCUUGCGAAUACUGGUUUGGGCACCCACAACAUCGAAAAAUGCCUUACUUCGGAGACAGGGAAUUUCAAACCUGCAGUUUUUGGAUUCUAAGGGGCUAAUGCAUUGGAAUGCCCCUUAGAAUUUGUGAUGUCAGCAGAGAUCUAAUGAUUUUUAAAUCUUAGACUUAAGCCAUCGUUAACGCAUGGUGGUAUACGCGGCUUUGUGUGUAACGUCUGCCGUACUUCAAGGCUGCCAAAUUAUUGCUUCCAAAUAAAGUCGCGAGAAACAGGAGAGAUCCAAAAAGUAAAAAGUAAAAGUCUAAUAUCUUGAAAACCGGUGACUAUUUUUAGGUUAAAUUUGGUAGAUAUUUGUUUUCGCUUUUUCUGAACAGAGCGACAUCACUUUCAUGCCAAUUCAUUAACUUUUUUGAAGAACACAAUGGAUGCCAACCAGAAGUUUUGUUUGAAAUGGAACAACUUCCAAACUAGUGUAACAUCUGUGUUUGACAAUCUGCGGCAAGAUGGAGAACUGGUAGACAUAACAUUGUGCUGUGAAGGAAGGAAGAUAAAGGCCCAUAGAAUGAUGCUGUCUGCAUGCAGUCCUUACUUCAGGGAUCUGCUUAAGGAGAAUCCAUGUCAGCACCCUGUGUUCUUCCUGAAGGAUGCCUCGUUUGUCGACCUGGUGGCUGUGGUGGAGUUUGUGUACAAGGGCGAGGUGAAUGUGACACAGGGACAGCUGGCCAGCUUCCUCAAGACUGCCGAGAUGCUGCAGGUUCGAGGACUAGCUGGAGAUGAUUAUGUGCAACCAGGAACACCUUCAUCACAAGUGCCCACGCAGCAGAAGCAGCACAAGCCGCCUCGGUCGUCCGCCUCGGCGUCAGGUUCCGCGGCACAGAGUCCGUCGUCGGUCCGCGGGCCGGCGGCGGCGGCAGCUGCGGCCGAGCAGCCGUCCGUGAAGAGGCGGCGCGUCUCGGCCGACGGCUCGUCCGACUCGGGGCCGCUGUCGGCCGACUCGCAGCCGGCCGAGUUCGGCGUCAAGCUGGAGCAGCCGGACGGGGAGGAGCCGGACGCCGGCUUCGGGCCGCCGGCGCCGUCCGGAGGCGGCUACGACAUGGCCGGCUACGAGGCCGCCGACGUGGCCGGCUUCCUCAGCUCCGUCGCCGAUCAGGGCGGCGCCGGGGACGUGAUACAACACUCGUCGGCAGGACCUUCGGACGAAGGAGCACAACAAGGCGGCGGCGGCGGCGACGACCGGCGCUGGAGCUGCCCGGUCUGUGGCAGACGCUACCUGCACAGUAUCUCGCUGAGCCAGCACAUGUCGGUGCACCGCGGCGACACCACCUGUCCCAUCUGCGCCAGGGUGUUCUCGCGCGUGGCCAAGCUGAACGACCACCUGGAGCGUGUGCACGGUGUGGCGCGGCGCGGCCGGCGCUCGCGGCCCGGCGCGGUGCCGUCCUCUCCGUGCGCGGCCGGGCCGGCGCCGUGACGGGCCCCUCCCGUGCUGUUUCAGCGGCCGAGCACGUCUGCCACCUGUGCGACAAGCGGUACACCAACCGCUGGUGCUAUCGCAUGCACAUGGACAUGCACGCGGGCAACACGCGCUGUCCGCACUGCGCCAUGGUGUUCCGGCGCCGCAGCCACCUCAAUGUGCACCUGCGAGUGGACCACGGCACCGAGCCGGCGCCGGACCGGCGGCGCCGUCCGCCGCGCCUACCGGCCGAUAGCUGAGCCGCCGUCGCCGCCGCGCUGACCGCAGCCCACCUGUCUGUCCACAGCGGCGGCGGCGGCCGGGGCGGCGCUGACGGGCAGCUGGCGAUGCGCCCAGUGCAAUCGCGUCUAUAAACACCUGUUCUCGUACCAGUCGCACCUCAAGGUGCACCGCGGCGCCACCACGUGUCGGCUGUGCGGCCGCGUGUACGCGCGCGUCUCGCUGCUCAACGCUCACAUGGAGACCAGUCACGGCAUCCAGCGCAGGAGGUACCACGUGCAGCAGCCGCCGGCGGCCGGCGCGUGGCCCGCAGCUCCCGGCCGGCCCGACAAGGUCGACACCGCCGGGGUGACUGACUCUCGACCGUGAUGCCACGGAUGUGCCAUAUGGGUGGCAUUAUUGCGGUCGGAUGAUGCUCACGCUGUGCUGAGAGCGCCAUCCUCUUGGUGUUGGAUGGCAAACCUGGGGACCGGCCGCGGCUGGUCCGUAUUCCCACUCUGGAGAAUACGGACCAUAUGUCCGUAGUGCGGUCUGCCCGCUACCAACUGUCCCAUCGUUGUACGAAAUGCAUGUUUCGCUGUCGACUGAUUGGAAUCAGUCAAUGACAUAAUGUCGGUUCUUUAAGUUAAUGCAAACACAUAUUGCAUGUAUUCAUACUCCGAGUCCGCGUUGUGGGAUGCUAAGUAAUCGUGCCCAUGAAUGUGUUUUCUCAUCCUCAAUCCAUCUAUGCAUGGAUGUAUGUUACAAAUUAGUCAGAAAACUGUUCCCACAGUUAAUUAUAAGGGUAACCAGGAUGGUUUAAUGUAUAUUUGAAUCUCACGACGUGAACAGGUGUUGUCAUUUUUAUAAUAAAGAAUACUUCCGAU